AUGGGCUCCUCGCCGCGGCGACGAGCGUCCAGUCCUCUUUCCUGCCUGUUUCAUUCCUGGAAACUUGACCCGAAAGAGGUCCUGUACCAUGGCAACAGAAGGGUCAUUAGGACAGAGGAGGAGAAAGUGGCUGUGUUAACCGAAGCCCAUGCAGGCCAUUUUGGACCACGGAGGAUGCAAGCGAAGAUUGCUCCCUGGUUUUAUUGGCGGUCCAUCACACAGGACACAUUGGAUUGGUGUCAUUGUUUCACGGACCAUACAUAUGCUGGCCCCACAUCACCCUGGAAAAAGGAGCUGCACCCCGACCAGAAACAACUGCUCCAGUAUGUUUUGGCCUGCGAUCGUCCAGCUACGGAGCUGAUCGUUAAAGAGGGAGGGGCGUGUUUAACCCGAGAAGAGUUUUGGUCUCUCGGGUUGUCCAGAGACAUGGAAUCCACGAUUGGAAAUGCUUGCCUCCAGCUGGUUCAGGAAGCUGCUCAGAGACAUGGCAAAGAUGUCUUCAUUGCCAACAUGUAUAUUGUGCCAACGUGGAAGCACAAAGACGUCGAUCCAAUGUCAAGCCUUCCAAGGGAUGCACAUCUAAAGGAUGCACUCCUCUUCCCAGCGUGGAGCAAGCACAACGGGCCAGAGCAUUACCUUCUCUGUGUAAGUGUUGAAAAGAAAAAUACUGGAGAUAUCUUAUAAUUCUUGUGCAAUGACAUUAUUUAUGCCUCUUUCUGCAUUGACCAUUGUAGGUGUUGAGGCCAGCAAAGAGAGAAAUUCUCUUGCUGGACUCUCAGUUUGCCCUUUGGCCAUCUGGUUUUGGUGAUGAGGU